CAAUUGUAUACAUGCCUCUACAUCCCCCCCGCCGACGUCUGCUCUUACGCGGCGGACCGUUCUAAAAGCCCUGAACUCUCCUCUAUUUUCUACUCAAUUAAGCCCCGUCCACCCCCACCAAUUAAGCUCUCUAUACUUUCAUUUCCCAUCCAUUAACUCCUCUGACCUCUCUGUAUAUAAAUAGCAUCUUCAUCUAACUGGGAUCUCAUCUCAAUCUUCUUCUCUUUAAUUAUAAUUAUUUUUCUUUAUUAUUUCUGUACGUACAACUGAUCACUACUCACUUAUAACAACAAUUAAUCAUACUAUAGCAUAUAGAUUUGAUUUUACAUGUCAACAAGUCUAGCCAUGGCCUCCGCUGAGCUCUCCGUAGUCCUACCUCGUGUCCUCAUCGUCUCUAGACGUACCGUUCGCAAGAACAAAUUUGUUGAUUUUGUUGGAGAAUAUCAUCUUGAUCUUAUAGUAAGCUAUGGAGCUGUCCCUGUUAUUGUACCUCGAGUUUCAGGGGUCCAUAUGUUAUUGGAAAGUUUUGAGCCAAUUCAUGGAGUUCUUCUAUGUGAAGGAGAAGAUUUAGAUCCUUCUAUGUACGACGACGAAUCAAAUAAUCUUUCUCCAGAAGAAAUAGAAGAAAUUCGGAGACAGCAUGUGAGUGAUACAGCCAUUGACAAAGAAAAAGACACCAUUGAGCUGAGACUGGCAAAGCUGUGUCUUGAAAGGAACAUACCUUACUUGGGAAUAUGUCGAGGCUCACAGGUACUUAAUGUAGCAUGUGGAGGAACUCUUUAUCGAGACAUUGAGAAAGAACUCUCAAGAAACCUCCCUCAAGAUAAAAGGGUAGUCCAUAUUGAUUAUGACAACUAUGAUAACCAUAGGCAUGUUGUCAAGAUUAUUGAAAAUACCCCAUUGCACCAUUGGUUCAAAGAUUCAUUGGAAGAUAAUAAAAUGGAAAUUUCUGUCAAUAGUUAUCACCAUCAAGGAGUCAAGAAAUUAUCUCAAAGAUUUGUUCCUAUGGCAUUUUCACAUGAUGGUUUAAUUGAAGGAUUUUAUGAUCCUGAUGCUUAUAAUCCUGAGGAAGGUAAAUUUAUUAUGGGAUUGCAAUUUCAUCCAGAGAGAAUGAGGCAACAAGAUACAGAUGAGUUUGACUAUCCUGGAUGCACUUUUGCUUAUCAGGAGUUUGUGAAGGCUGUAGUUGUUUACAACAAGAAGUUUAUUAAUAGCUCAACAAGUGUCCAAAAACCCAUAAAGCUUAAUCAAGAAAUGGAGAAAAAGAGGAAAAUUAUAGUUAGAAGUUUCUCGCUUGCUAGGAAUAUAUAUGAAGGAAGCAGCCAGAUCCAUCCAUCUAAAGAAUCUGAAUUGUAUGCUGGAGCAGAGUUCCUAGAGUCAACUACAGCAUUGAGUAUUCCACAAGAGACAAGGUUAAUUCAAAUGGGAGCCACAGUGAGAAAUGGAAGUUCCUACUUAGAGAAAUUGAAGAUGAAUGAAGAGAGAAAAGGUUUAGCUAGAAAAGUAAUGGGGAAAAUGUCGGUGGAACAGUUAUCUGAUCUCAAGUAUUUCUACAACAUGAUGCGACAAAUAUGUUCAGAAGUAUUAGAAAGAAAACUCCAAGAUAUUGUUAAUGCCUCUUGAUGUAUGACUACUUCUUGGAUCUUUCUGCAUGAGUUUUUGGUUUUUCUUGCUUCGUUGUCAAGUUUUAUGUACUUCUCCUUUUUGUGACAUCACAUGAAUGAAAGUUGUUUCUUUUUCCUUUCUUUGAUGAAA